UGAAGAGACUCUCUGAAGCAGCUAACCUGAGCUCAGACCACCAACGAAACAAAGACAUGGCCUCUCGAAUUGCAGCUCUGCUCUUGCUGGGUGUCAUCUGCCUUGGAUUCGCAUCAGGUCAAGUUGCAAUUGACUGCUGUCUCUCAACCUCUAACAAGCAUUUCCCCCACCAAAUCGUCAAAAGCUACAUCAUCCAGGAAGCUGGGAAGGGCUGCGAAAUCAGCGCCACUAUCCUCAAAUCACAGAGAGGAAAGAAUAUUUGUGCACCUGAGGCCAGCAAGGCACAAUGGGUGCAAGAUAUCAUCAAUCACGUGGAUAAGAGACGUGCACGUCAGUAUAAAAGGAGUGAGAAAGAUGGUUGA